AUGCGCCAUACCAUUGCGGUUCACGAGCAAGAAAUUGAUAGUCAGAAAAAAGCAAAUGCAACUCUACACGAGACUGUGUCCAACCUACAACGGGAACUAUCCGAGUCGGAGGAUCAUAACAGACAUCUCAAGCAGAAACUAGAGGAGUCCUACAGGAAGGAGAGGGAUAAGAGUUAUGAGGUGGAGAUGUUGGAAGCCGAUCUCCAAAGGGUCACACAGGACUUGGCUACUCACCUUGCUGAGGCAUCUGCAUUGCAUACUCAGAUCGAGGAGUUAUCCUCAUUAGCAGAGAAAGCACAGAAAAGUCAGGAGAAGGAACAACGGUUAGUAUCCCUAUUAUGCCGUAAUAGAGUACUCCUCUUGCGAGCACAGCAUAGAUUGGCAUCACAGACUAGACGGUAUACAACAUUCGUAGAGAAGAUAGCGGAGCUAGCCAGAGGCAUUGGUGGUGCUAACCUAGGCAUUAGCGUUGGUUUGGAUGAGUUACGGACCGAAGUAUCAUCCAUGAGGCAUCAGAUGAUGGGGGCUACUGUCAAUCUACAGCAUUCUCAUAAAGAUGAAACACAAGUGUCGGAGGAUAAUAUAUUAUCGAUGAGCCAACGUCAUGCAGAAGAGGCUGCUACAUGGCAAGCUGAACGGCAGCAACAUCUACAGUCAGCUGUAGCAUGGCUUGCACAGAAGAAGGUCUAUGAAAACAAGUUGGCUACAUGGAAAGAAGAGAAGGAGAGCUUAUUGAAAGAGAUAAAUCAUUUGUAG